GAACAGCCUUUCUGUGAACUAACCCCAUCAAGAGGCCCACCAUGCCCACGUUAGCACCGGGCUGCAGCACAGGACCAGGUCAUAGGUGCCUUGACAAAGCUCCAAAGAGCUCGGACCAGAGACCCUACAUUUGACACCAUGGACCCUUCAGACUGCGAGGACUCCCCAGCAAGCCGAACCUUCAUUGAGGAAGCCACUGAGUAUCUGCAGCGCACAUUGGGCAGGGAAGACCUGAGGCUGCUGCUAACUGAAGAUGGAGCCUGGGACGCUUUUGUGGCUGAGGCUGAGUUGUCCAGAGCUGAUGCAGACACUUUACAUGAAGCCCUCAAUGCACUCACAGAAAACAUGGCCGUGGAAGACCAGGACAGGCUCCAACGUGACUUGCAGGACAUGGAGAGGUUCAUGGAUGUGUUUCCCCAGGUGAAACUGGAGCUGGAGGGACACAUCAGGAAGCUCCGCACCCUUGCAGACAAGGUUGACAGGGUUCACAGGGACUGUACCAUCUCCAAGGUGGUGGCAGGCUCUACCAGCACUGUGUCUGGAGUCCUGACCCUGAUUGGACUCACUUUGAUACCUGUGACAGCUGGGGUCAGUCUGGUGCUCUUGGCAACAGGGAUGGGUCUGGGAGCAGCAGCGGCUGUGACUAGUGUCUUCACGGGUAUCAUGGACUACACAAGUAAGUCAUCAGCCAAAACGGAAGCCAGCCACCUGGUGUCAACCAGCAUGGUCAAAGUGAAGAUGGUUGUAGGGGCUAUAGUUCAUUCAGGACCCCAAGUCUUUUCCUUAUCUGAGAAGUGCUGCCGAGUCCUACAGUGCAUCAAGCAGAGCAUCUAUGCCAUCAAGCUUGCCAAAGUCAACCCUACCUUAGCAGCUUGUGCCAAGCAGCUCAUGACCAUGGGGAGCAUCUCUGCCCAAAGAGAUAAGGAUGUGGAUGAGGCCUUUAAAGGCACUGCCCUGUCAAUGAGCAGAAGAGCCUGGAUCAUGAGUAUAGCCACCACAGGUGUGGCCCUCAUUGGGGAUAUGAUCAGCCUUGUGAAAGAGUCCAAGAAUUUGUACAAGGGCGCAAAAGCAAAGUCUGCUGAGGAACUGAGGCAGCAGGCUCAGGGGCUGGAGGAGAAACUGGAGGUGCUUAUCCAGAUCUAUGACGGUUUGCAGUCAGGCUCAACUCGGUAGCAUGCUUCCUCCCCCAGAGUAGUGGAGAGGAUCGGGAGGUGUUCUGGAUAGAGACUGAAGCAUUUCUGUGAGAGGGAAUCAGACCCAGGAGGUUCAAGACUUAGGUGUUUGUUCUUUUCACAAACUUUGUUGUGGUUUUAUUUGUAUGUAUAUGUGUGUAUCUGAGAAUGUGGGUGUAUGUGCCCUCAGAGGUCAGAAGAGGGCACCAGAUCUCCUGGAGGUGAAGUUACAGGAGGUUGUGAACUGCCUGAUAUAGGGACCGGGAACUGAAUUCAUGUCCUCAGCAGGGCAGCCAGUACUCUUAACUGCUCAGCCAUCUUUCCAGCCAGAGUUUGGCAUUUUCUCUAGCUGAGCACUGUAAGGUCAGUGCUGGUCACGAAUGGAGUAAGGGAAAAGAAUGGGAGCCUGAAACAAGGGACCAGGGGGGACUAGAGAGUGCGGGGGUGGGAGGGAAUAGUCGGUUUGGAAGUAAAGAGCUUUGGAGGCUUGAAUAAAGAGGGUUGUGCGGGAGCAAGGAAGGAGAAAGCAGGGAAUCUGACUAGCUGGGAGUAGGAGAGAGCCAGAGGGAGAAUUCUGGAUGUGGAAGAGCCACAGAGACUUUCUAGAAUGGCAGUGGUGGUGGUGACAGGUGGGAGUGAUGGCAGAGUGGGCACAACAGUUGUCAAGGGGCUAGGGAGCCCUCGAGGAAAGUGAAAUUCCAUUGGCAGUCUCUAGGGUGUGCUGAAUGGUGAUUAGUUUAGGGCUGGGGAGUGACCCAGAUUGGGCUGACAGGUCAAGAGACUUUGUGGUGUGUUGAGAGUAGCCAGCCUGUGGUCAAGAGAUACACCUUCUCAGAGACACAGCUUCCUCAUGAGUUGGGGGAGGCUGGGAGGAGAUGAACAAGGCCUCCUCUCUGCUCAUCUUCCUCUUCCAUCUUGUGUUCUAUAUAGACUUUAGCCCAAUGAAUUAGUCUUGGAAAAUGGGGCAUCCCAGACUGAAGGUCCCAAAGUCAUAGGUAAGGAAAACAAAACAUUAGAGCAUGGUUCAGGAUGUGUGAUUGAAGAGAAUCCACCCUCAUCUAACCACCUAACUGCUAGAUUCGAAGCCCCUUCCACGAGGUAAUGUAUUCAGCUCAGGGAUAGAGCAGAGCCUUGUAGGAGGCACAGAGGUUCUUCUGCUAUGGAUAAGCACCAGGGGAACCAGGAAGGUUAGCAACAGGAUUGUUCCUUCAAAGGAGGGGAUACAUAAGCUGUUAUGGUGUUUGAAAGAUUGCAAGCAGACAUGGUUAAUAGUUUGACCUUUUGUGCUAUUUUAGUGUCUAAGACCACACCAGAGUCCCCCCCUAGAUCCUGACUGUGAACUUCUCCAUCUAUAGAACCCAUCUUUAUGAAAGAUGUCACGUGUACAGAGGGAGUUUGAUGUAGUCCGGUCUUAAGCUUUAUUGUGCACACAGGACUGAGUUAAUUAUCACCACGAAAGUGUUCACUGAGUUGUGGUGUGCUUCCAUAUGCCUAAAAUAAAUGACUUGGGGCCAGACUCCUGAAGUUUGAACC